AUGCGUCUCCACUGGACAAACAAACGCUCUGGGGCAGAUGGGGCCCGCGGCGCUGGGGCCAUCCGGACUUUAUUGAGCGUGCAACGACCUGCUGUCAGCGCUAACGGAGCUAGCGGAGCUAACGGAGCACUGAAAGAACACGCCUCUGUCGCCACGCUCUUCACCUGUUUGUCCUCACGCCGCACGGAGAAGGAGGAACGACAAGAUGGAGGUUUAACUGCUGACCCGAGCUGCCUCUUCUGCCGAUUAGAGGAGAAAGGCCAGUGCCAUCCAUCCCCCACCGCUCACUGGCGAAAGAGGGCCAGAGGUAAAAAUGGACCGUACCACCGCCCGACGGUCCGAAGAGGUCCGUGA